GAUCAUUGGGCGGAACGACCGCUUUUGUUCAGUAUGUUACAAAGUCCACCGCUCCUUUGUCGGACGUCUCAUUUACGUUGUAACGUGCGGGUGUUUAUUUUCCUACCGAAGUCGUCGGUAAUCGCGGAGCUAACCUAAAAAUAUCGAACUCGGCCUGGACGGCCCACGGCAUGUUCGAGCAGUAUUCGCGAUUUCUGCCGUAUCAACGGGCUAUUAAUAAACAAUCCAGCAGCAGGACGAGUGUUUGCGCGCGCCGUCGAAAGAUCGCGUCUCAUUCGACUCCGAGCGCAUGGUGAUUCGUCGUUGCGCGGCGCGUCCUCUCUCUCUCGCUCCCGCGCGGAGCCCGUGCGCGAAAAUAAAACCCCGGAGCCGAGUGGAAACUCCAAAAUGGCGCGACUGCCAAGUGUAAACACCCAGUUUUGAUGUCGGUGCGGAGUUCGUCGAGACCGCCGUACGUCCGCGUCGAAACCCGCCCGCGCUGCGUGCGCCACGUUUUUCCAUCGCAUCGUGACCACAGAGAAUUCCGGCUGAAUGUUCACGGUAUCCACGAUCGCCCAUUCUAUACCAGGGAGCGACCCAAGCAAAAUGGCACAGAAGCGCAGUGCUGUCCACAUAGGAUCCGACGAGGAUGAUCCGAGUGGCUGUAAAUACAGGAGAUUGGACGAUGACAAUGUGCAGGACAAGGAGAGGUUUGCGAGCAGGGAGAAUCAUUGCGAGAUCGAGCGGCGGCGGCGGAACAAGAUGACCGCCUACAUCACCGAGCUCUCCGACAUGGUGCCGACCUGUUCAGCCCUGGCCCGCAAACCCGACAAACUCACGAUCCUCAGGAUGGCAGUGGCGCACAUGAAAGCUCUAAGAGGCACUGGAAAUACCGCGACGGACAACGCUUACAAGCCGUCCUUCCUCACGGAUCAAGAGCUGAAACACCUGAUCCUCGAAGCGGCGGACGGCUUCUUGUUCGUUGUCAGCUGCGACACCGGUAGGAUCAUUUACGUCUCCGACUCGGUCGCGCCGGUCUUGAACUACACGCAGAGCGAUUGGUACGGCACCAGCUUCUACUCGCAGGUUCAUCCCGACGACACUGAUAAGGUACGGGAGCAGCUCAGCGCGGCGGAGCCUCAACACGGCGGCCGUGUGCUAGACCUGAAGACUGGAACAGUAAAGAAAGAAGGUCAAUCUUCGAUGCGAUUGUGCAUGGGCUCGAGGAGGGGCUUCAUCUGUCGCAUGAAGGUAGGCAAUCUGCAGACGACGGGCGACAUGGCAGCGGCGCAUGGGCUGCAGCGUAUGAAGCAGAGGAACUCCUUGGGUCCGCCAGCCCAGCGGGACAGCCAGAACUACGCGGUGGUGCACUGCACCGGGUACAUCAAGAAUUGGCCACCCACCGGUGAUUUUGUUCCCCCAUGUGUACCAGGUGUGGGCCUAGGUGACAGAGGGGGUGUUCAAACUGGUGACAGCGUUAACGACGAAAAUGCCACCACGCACUGCUGCCUUGUCGCCAUCGGGCGAUUGCAGGUCAUUAGCACAGCAAAUAGUAGCGACUUAGUGGGUCCCAAUAGCAAUAGCGAAUUUAUAUCACGUCACUCCCAGGAAGGUAAAUUUACCUUUGUGGACCAAAGAGUCGGUGGAAUUUUGGGAUACACUCCAGCGGAGCUCUUGGGUCAUUCGUGCUACGAAUUCUUCCAUCCGGAGGAUCUGACACACAUGCGAGAGAGCUUUGAACAAGUAUUGAAAUUGAAGGGACAAGUCGUGUCUGUAAUGUACAGAUUUCGCGGCAAGAGCCGCGAGUGGGUGUGGUUGAGGACGUCGGCGUUCGCAUUCUUGAAUCCGUUUAACGAGGAAAUUGAAUACAUCGUCUGCACGAACACGCACGCAAAGUCAUUUCAUCCGAGCAGCGACGGUCAAACGGAGAGUGAAGCAGUACCUGCAGCAUAUGGGCAACCUGGAAUAGAUUAUUCUCUUCAGAGACAUCCUGCAAGGGAUCCGUUGUACUCCGCGCAUCACAUGAUGCAGCAUCCGGCGACCGUAGCUACAGCCAGUCCGCAACAACCGAGGCCGUCCAGUACGCAGAACGUGUAUCAAAGCUACGAGACGACGCAGUCGCCGAUAGCUUACGGAUCACCCGGACAGCAGAGCGCGUCUUCGUCGGUCUUGAGCAGGAUCCAGAAGCCGGCGACUACAUCGCCAACCCCGCAGGCAUGGGCAAUCGGAAGACAGCAACCUGUGACAGAAGGCUAUCAGUAUAGUCAAUUAAGCCCGUCAAGAUCACCGAGCGGGCCGACAUACACACAGCUCAGUAGUGGAGCUAGGACCACUACGCAGCAAUACCACCCAGCAGUAACAACAGUGCCUAAUAAUCCUAGUAUGUGGGGUUGGCAAAGUCAGCAGCAUCAGACACCGCAACCGGACGGACAGACGGGCGCCCAGGUGGCCGCGCAAGCACAACCGCAACCACAUCCCGGCCAAGCCGGGCCUGGCGCGCAGCCACAAGAAUUAUCCGACAUGCUGCAGAUGCUGCAAGACCAGGGCGGCUCCUCUGGCUUCGAGGAGCUCAACAUGUUUACCACAAACUUCGAGUAGUACUUCGGUGCUUGCUCCCCGGGGCUUUUCCCGGUCGAAUGGCAUCACUUCGGGAGGGAGGGAGUAGUGAAUCCCGGAUAUCGCAAACCGCACCGUCACUUCAGCAAUCGAAGGACCGUUCACGGAGGGGAAAAAAGAAAGACGCGAUUUUAACGAUUUAGCACCGCAUAUAUAGACUUUGCGCAAGAAACGAUCGCACUGGGAUUAGGAGAGCCUAGUCUGCCGGGUUAUUUACAUAUUAUGCAUACGCGCAUACAAUCGAGGAUUUGAUUAUAAUUGUCGUGGGUAUCAGAUCGCCGCCGGUACGAUCGCCGCAUCGUACGCUCCGAUUAUUCGAAGUAGUAGUCUAAAAUUGACGAGCACGGCUUCGCUGCGAAAGUGCCAUUAACACAUCAAGUGCGACUAUACCUUCAUGACAAGCGGUCGUCGAUUAGAGUGAAUUAUAAUAUGCACAGAUGCAGGUCAGUCACAUUUGACAUUCGGCACAAGGCAUUCAACACAAAACGAGCGAUUUUACAUUUAUAUCGUUUCUAGAUUAAACGCACAACUGUUGAAGAUAUCAGUAAUUGAUAAAAUAUGUCAUUUCAUUUUCAUGUAUUUAAGAUUAUAAAAAAAGUGACUUUCAUCAUACUUUUAAAGCAAAUUUUGAAAAUUAAUUUCACAUUCAUCAAACAAACUUUUAGCAAGGAAAAUUGUUAUUUAUCAAUCCUUCGCCAUUAUAUAAUUAUAUGAGGCCGAAAUAUGAUUAAAACAUAUUGUCUUUUAUUAAACUGAGUACAAGAAUUUAUUUCAAUUAAAUUAAAUUAAAUUUUUGUUGACUUUUCAUGGUGAAAGUUAACUGGACGUACAUCACUCGCUUAUCACAGAAAAUGAUUCCGACCAAUGGAGAGAUACACGAGCGCAAAGUAUUAAAUCGAGUAAUUAGCUCAAAAAUAUGGACAUUUAUGGCCUUGUUGCGGAUAUUCUGAAAAUAUAUGAGCAUCCGAUCUGUGCUUAUUAUACAAGUCAAACAGUAAAAUUUAGUUUACGUGACAAUUUUAAUUGUGGUAUCAUGCGAUUCGAUAAGUAACUUAAUAAGAGGAGGGAAAAUGAAAAUGGAGGUGUACUCUAUACACGUAACAAGAAAAAAUAUUUUUAAAAAAACAGACCUUCUCAAUCAAAUCUACACAAAUCACGGUAAUUUUAAUACCAGCUUAUCGUUAGAUUCGUAAGAUUAGCUUAAUUAUUUUAAUUUAGGUCUUUGUAAUUAUAAACAGUGCAAUCAUAAAUUAACACGCGGCAAGGAAUCGUUCGAGACAUUGACAAUGUACAAAAAAAAUUGUGUAAUCCACCUUUGCUUCUAUGUGCAAGACACCGUUUUUAGAUAUUCUUAAAGAAAAAAAAAAAUAUAGAUAAUGUUACACAUAUGAAUAAUUGCAUUUAUAAGUAACCACGUGUGACUUAGCGCGUUUGUACGUGUUUUAGCAAAUUUCGACGAGCACAUUGAAACAAAAUUGCAGCAUAUCAUGAUGAAUUGGGAACAUUUUUCACUAAUAUAUGAACUAUACAUAUACGCAUGAUUUUUUUUAAUCAUCCUACAUCGUAACGAAAAAUAGUACCAUCACUUUUUGACAAUAAUUAACGUAUUGAGCCUGAUGAGGGCAUCAAUAUCUAAAUACGCGAAUAUUAAGUAGGGAUCCGUCUCGGUGAGCGAGACUGUUUCGCAGCUCCCUUAUCCGCUGUUAUAUAUUCCUUUGCAAUAAUAUCCAGCCACGUAUUGUAGCUCCAUAAGGAAAGAACCGCGAAAUGAUUAAUAUGAUUUGAAGAGAGCGAAGGGUGUUAGAAAUGCGUACAUAUAUCACACAAUAAAGCUACAGAAAAAUA